UAUUGUCAUCGUGCCUCGGCGAUCAUUGACUUUUCAAGUCACACACAUGUCGAUGGCUGGAUCACUAUGAGAAAUCACGAAAGAGCUAUGCAAUAAAGGCGGACACGAUGAAAGAGAGCACGCCUGAUGGCAGCGAGGCAAGCGCGACGCAGCACCAACUUCCCACGCCAGCCCUGUCUCCCAUUACCGAACAUGGCACAAGCUCGUACACCACCGAACUCAAUGACUCUGCCGACUUGACGAGUCCAUACCUUGAGAGCCCAUCUGAGGAGACGGCCGAUUCAGCAGCUACGCCGACCGCCGUAGUAUCGCCCCUACUCAAGACACAGAGCAACAAUGGAAAGUCGCUCUCACCAUCUCCCGCUCUCAAAUUGUCACCAGCCCAGAUGCAGGAUCUGAUCUCGUCGCCCGACUCUCUACCACUACGAGCUGUCUCUGUCUCAUCGGCUGACGAGAUCCCGCCUUUGUUCGACGAUGCUGCUGCGAAAGGGAGCGGUCUAGGCAUCUCUGCGCGGGACACGACCACAUCGCUAGAGCCUACGAGUCUGCCUGCACAGAAUGGCCGACCGCCGUUAACUGCUUCAAGACCCGCCGCGAGUGGCCGCUCGAACUCUACUCCCGUCAUCAAGCGCAAGCCUUCCUCCGCUCAGACACCAAGGAUCCCCUCCGAGAACAGGGACGCUUCAAGGCCCAAACGUCCCACGCUGAAUCUCAAAGCUUCCGACUACCAAGAUGGCCAUGAAACUCUCAGACCCUCGCCCAUACCGGACUCUUUCCCCUCUCCGAUGCCUACCUCCUUCCCUGUUCCGCCUCUUUCCCUGCCUACCUACCUCCAGCUCGAGCUUUCCUCCGAGCGUCCCUCGGCCCUUUAUAUACAUCGCUCAGCGAGCAGCGACUUCCCAUACGAGUCUUCCAAAGCAAAGUUUGAGCGUCUCUACAACUUCCUGACUUUGCCGCCUCAGCUUGAACAGACGCUGGUCUUUGGUGCCUUGGCCUGUCUGGACGCCUGGUUGUAUACCUUUACCAUCCUCCCGCUGAGGUUUUUGAAGGCUGUAGCCAUCUUACUGAAGUGGUGGGCUCAGAGUCUUGUUAAGGAAUUCAAAGAUAUUGGUUCCUUCAUAUAUACUGGCUUAGGACGUGUCUGGCAUCGCAGAAAGCAGCCACCAUCUGCCAAUCCCUCCCGCAGAAACUCUUUCAGCUCGCCCAUAAUCGAUCCUACCUCUGCUCCUGCUCCUACGGCCCCUUCGCCACUGCUGGAUGGCCAAAACGACAAUACCUCGACGAGAUUCCAACAUCUUCCAUCGAAGCUCCGAAUACCCAACCCAUUAUACCGUCAUAGACGAUCAAAGUCCACGCCCUCUGCUCUGCUUCCAAAUCAUAAAGCUGACAUUCUUCAUGGACUGUUGAUCAUCAUUAGCUGUAUGAUUCUCGUUCAAUUCGAUGCAAGUCGUAUGUAUCACAAGAUUCGUGGCCAAGCUGCUAUCAAGCUCUAUGUCAUCUACAACGUCCUUGAGGUCUUUGAUCGUCUCCUCUCGGCUAUAGGUCAGGACAUCAUUGAAUGCCUGUUCUCAAAGGAAACUCUUGAGCGUAAGCCCAACGGCCGCAGUAAGAUUCUGCUUCCUCUAGGCAUGUUCAUCCUUGCCCUAGUCUACAACGUUGCUCAUGCAGCCAUGCUCUUCUACCAAGUCAUUGCGCUCAACGUUGCUGUCAAUUCUUACUCGAAUGCCUUGCUCACACUUCUCAUGUCCAACCAAUUCGUUGAGAUUAAGGGAACUGUCUUCAAGAAGUUCGAGAAAGAGAACCUUUUCCAGCUGACCUGCGCAGAUGUGGUUGAGAGGUUUCAACUUUGGCUCAUGCUGCUAAUCAUCGCUCUGCGUAACGUUGUCGAGGUUGGCGGUCUGAACAUGGGCUCUGGGUCCAGAAGUGGUUCGACGACAACAUUCAACUCAAACUCGACAGCAUCAGCCCUUCAGAGCACGAGUAUCCUUCCUCAAGCAUUCAACAUGUUCCCAUCGGGAUUCGGUCAGAUAUUCGGGCCAUUCGUGACUGUAAUUGGCAGUGAGAUGAUUGUUGAUUGGGUCAAGCAUGCCUACAUCUCGAAGUUCAACAACAUCAAGCCGAGUCUCUAUGGUCGUUUCUUGGACGUCCUGACCAAAGACUACUAUUCACAUGCUUUUGCGGAUCAGAACUUGACCAAGCGACUUGGUCUCCCCGUGCUCCCCCUUUCUUGUCUCUUCAUUCGCGCCUCCGUGCAGACAUACCAUAUGCUUAUAGCUACGCACAUGCCGUUGCCAAUGCCAUCAACCGCCACAGCAAUUGCACUAGAGUCUGCAUCUGGCGAGUCCUCGCCGUCCACCACAGCUGCGCUUGCACACAUUGAUCAGAUAUUCAGAAGAGCUCUCGGAAGAUCCUCAUUUGGGGCAGGCGCCGAUGCUGUGACCGGCUUGAGUUCAUGGCGGUUUUGGACACUUGACGACGCGAUAGCUCUAGGCACCAUGCUCGUCUUCUUCCUGAUCAUCUACCUCAUCCUGCUUGCUCUAAAGCUGUUACUUGGUAUGCUCUUACUCAGCUUUGCUCGAACACGUUAUCGAAAGAUGAAGAUGCAGGAACACAAAAUGCAGAGUUUCGACACUCAGGGCCGCAGAGUUGGCGGUUGGGGAGCUGUAGAGGUGGAUGAAGACAAACGUAGGUGGAUCUACGAGGAUGAUCCUGAUGGCUUGAGAAACUUGAGAGAGCGUGAGGCCAAGGGAAAAGAGAAGGCCAAAGGAGAAUUGAAACUUGAUGGGGUCGACAGGUACACGAUGGCCGCAAAGAGGAUAUGGUAGAUCCCUCAGGAAACAGCUUCGCUCCCUAAUGAUUCAUGUUACACGAAUCUCACAUAAUGUCAUGGGGGUGAUCCUGUGUGCAAGCGUGCCGACAGAUGUUCGAUGCUCGUUUGAUAUCUUACCGUAAUAAAAUGUCAGCCGUAUUAGUCGUCGAAUCGUAGUGUUCUGUUC